AUGACUAUAAAAACAUCUGAAGAUGUUUAUAAAUUUGUUAAGGACUGUAUAAAAAUAAAAGAGGAAGUAGAAAAUGCAAAAAUAGUUAAAAAAAAAGAAAAAAACAGAAAUGAAUCGAAAAAUAAUCUGUCAAAAUAUAAUUUUGACUAUUCUAAAUUUGAAAGCUGUAUAAAGGAAAUUGAAGAAGAAGAAGAAGAAAAAAAAAAAAUUGAAAAAAACAAACAUCAUUUUAUAAAUGAUAGGAAUCCAUGUACUCAUGAUCAUUCAAAAGAAAGACAAUUAUAUGAGAAAGACUCAAAAGAAAAAAUAAAAGCUUCCAACGCCUUUAAUGAAGAAGGAAAAAAGGCUUUUUAUGAAAAGAACUUUAAACUUGCAUGUGUGUAUUUUCGUAAAGGAUUAAUACAAUUAGACUAUAGUUUUCCUGAUUUAGAACAAGAAAAAUGUGAACAAAAAAAAUUAGAAAUUAAUUUACACUUAAAUAUGGCAUUAACAAAAUUUCAUAUGUCUAAAUAUUAUGAAUGUAUAAGCGAAUGCUCUACGGUAUUAAAUUUUGAUCAGAAUAAUAUAAAAGCCUAUUACAGAAAAGGACAAGCAUAUAUGAAGUUAGAUUUAUAUAAUGAAGCAAAACAAGAAUUUUUAAAAGUAUUAGAAAUUGAUCCUAGUAAUAAUAAUGCAAAAAGGUCUUUAUUGGACCUAAAAGAAAAAAUUUUAAUUUAUAACAAAAAAAACAAAUUAGUUUGUUCUAAAUUUUUUUCUUUUAAUGAAAAUAAAACAAAAAACGAAAAAAAAAAGGCUAAUAUACAAAGUAAUCUAAAUGAAAGCAACUAUGAAAAUGUUAAUGAAAAAAUCAAUAAUAAAAAUUUAUUAACAGAUAAAGAUAAUAUUAAAGAAAUGGAUAAGAAUAAUAAUUUCGAUAAAAAUUUAAUAAAUAAAAUAAAGGAUAAAAAAAGUUAUUUAUGUAAAGUGAAAAAAUAUAUAUUUAUGAUAAACAGUACAAGCUGUUUUAAAAAUUAUUAUGAAUUUUUAAUGAAUAAUGUUUUGCUAUGUAUUUUUAUAUGUUUUUCAAUUUUUUCAUUAAUAUUUACCUUUGUUUUUACUUCAUAUAAAAAUUUCUUAACAUGUAUAUCCUUUUUCCCAAUUUUAUCAUUUAUUGGUUUUUUUUUUAUAUAUGUUUUAAAAAAAAAAUAA